GUGUUAUGGUAUAAAAUGGGAGGGCAUUGGUUACCUGGGAUGCGUUGUCAUCCGUGCCGCCCCUUUACGGGAGUCCGCCAUUUAUGAAUGGAAGGAUGUUUGGUGUGCCGUCCCUGCUUCAUGCUGCUGCGCGUAUGCUGCCCCUAGUUUCAGCUUGUCGACGAAUAACGAACUGCACUCUGUUCAACAACCAUGCAUAGUACCGCGCUGUGCACGUCUCCUGGUAUGUACGACAGUAGGUUGCUUGUUUGUUUUUUAUGAUUUUUAUUAGUAACUGCUAUUUCUGUUGGCAGGUUGAUUUAAGUGCCCUAGUGUUUCAUCGCUGUAUGAUGCGACGGAAUGCACGUCUAGUGAUAUAAGUCACUGCUGCCUUGCCUGGGUUUCAAUCCGGUCGUGUGUGUGUGUGUGUGUGUGUGUGUGUGUGCGCGUUGGUGCGGCCGGAUUAUGAGGACAAAAUGCAUGAAUACGUACCGACUCUAUGAGGACAUACCGUAACUAUGAGGACAGUACUGAUGUCCUCAUAAGUCGAGCAGUGCAGAAAGGCUUAUAAGGUCGUUCCUAACCACCUCCCGCGUUUUCUCAAUAUGUCCUUAUAAACACGUUGUACCCGUUUUUCAGUGUGUAUGUGUGUAUGCUCAGUGUGUAUAAUCUCCCCCUAUUGAAAAUUUGGUGCUACUGCGGUAUCAUACACAUUUCAUACACCUAGACCCGCCCUAGCGCGCGAUUCAUUGGUGGAGCACUGGAAUCCUCGUCAGUGAUUGGCUGGAUUUGACAUCGUGACCGUCAGCUCGCCCCGCCUCUGAUCUUCAAUCGUCUUGACGUGAGGUGUGACGGAGAGAGAUUAAUAAUAAUAAUUAAGAAUAAUUAGCACAAUUCCAGCGAAGUUGGCGAGCUAUAACGGGAGAUUUUCACUUGAUCAUGUCAAGUCAACAUGGUGAGAAAGAAGAGAAUAAAACCUGAGCAGGAUGCAAAAGAACACAUAUUGUCAGACAAAGCCUUCAUCGAGGGACGACAAAUCAACACAUUUAAAGGGAGAGGUGUGUUUUCUCUUGAGCACAUUGAAUCAUCCACCUUUGUUGUUGAAUACCGUUGGAUUCUCUCUCAAAGUAAACAUGUUGAAGAUGUUCAAGGCAACUACUUGUUUGACUUCACAUGGAAUGGAACACGUUAUUGCACAGAUGCUACUAAAGUGGACGGUUCACUUGGGCGACUGCUGUGUGAUGAUCACAGAAAUCCAAAUUGCAAAGUAAAGACAAUAAUUGUUGACGGAAGACCACACCUGUGCCUAUUUAGUAUAAGAGAUAUCUUUCCAGAUGAGGAGGUCACAUACAACUAUGGGGAUUCCUCGUGGCUUUGGUGUUUAAGGUUACAGGAAUUGUGUGACGAGACAUCAGUGACUGUGACUGAAUGCAGUGUGAAUACUUCCUCAUCAGUGAACAAGAAAAAGAAGGGAAGGAGUUUGGCUGCUCGUUUGAUGGUGUGCACAUUGAGUGCUGUGCUUCAUAGGUUGGAGUGAUAUGGUUUAUGGUUUAUUACGUGUGGUGUGA